AUGUCGCAGUACAUUCCCAGCAUCUCCCCCAGUUCCCUUGCCAAAAAGGUCAUCCUCAUUACGGGUGGUGCCAAUGGCAUUGGUGCGAGCCUCGUGACACAAUGUCUAGAGUACGGUGCCAAUGUAUGUAUUGGUGACCUGGAUGGCGUCUCGGGCGAGCGCCUAUUGAAGGAGUGUCGUGAUAAGUUUCCCCCAGAGGAGGAAGACUCGCCUCCGCGGGUUAUUUUCCAACCCACCGAUGUGAGCAUUUACCCAUCGGUGUUGGCUCUCUUUGAUCUUGCCUUCAAGACCUACAAGCGCAUCGACCAUGUCGUUUCUGCAGCCGGCAUAGUGGAGAUAGGGAAUUGGUUUGACACUGCACUCACGAUGGAAACUGUCCGUCAGACCCCAACCCAUCAAGUUCUGGACGUCAACCUGCUCGGUUCCAUGUACGUUUGCCGCAUCGCCUCCGUCUACUUGCGCCACAACCGGGGGUCCAACUGCGAUCGGUCCAUCCUACUGUUCUCGUGUGUCUCGGGGUUCAAAGACAGCCCCUCUCUUUUCAUAUAUCAGGCCUCCAAACAUGGCGUUGUGGGUCUCAUGCGUUCCUUACGCACCUACAUCUCUUCUCCGUACAAGCAUUACCUUCGCAUCAAUACUGUCUGCCCCUGGGUGACCCAGACCAACAGCAUCAAGAAAGUCGAGGCGCAGUGGAAGGGGGCUGGUCUUCCUAUCAACACCCCGAAACAGGUUGCUACUGUGGCCACUGGAGUCUUGACCGAUCAGACUCUCAACGGCAAAUCCAUGUUCAUCGAGGGAGGUCGCGCCUGGGAAAUUGAAGAGAACAUCGGCCAGUUAGAGAGCGAAUGGCUGGGUGAAGCUCCAUCGAGAACGCUCGCUUUGGGCCAGGGACUGCUCGACGAUGGCACUGUUUGGAAUGCACCAGAAAGACCACAGAAGAAGAGUACCAUCUCUGUUGGAGUGCCUCCGGGAGUGCCUCUUGGUAAACUCAAGGGACUCACUAACGGCGUGAAACAUACCAUCUCAAAUGGAGUGAGUAAUGGGAUGUCGAAUGGUCUGACCAAUGGAGUUCAUUGA